GCGUGGAGAGUACGAAAAUAGGCAGCAAAGCACAGCAGGUGAAGAGCGCGAAUGGAAGCGCGUGUUCACGCGCCUUAUCUUCGCGGGCCCGUCCAUUUGGGUGUAGUGGUGAAAGGUGAGAGUUAUAUAUACGAUCGGUGGCGCGAGUUGACCGUCAUUCAGUUCCCCCGACGCGCUCGAUAGAGAUCGAGAACCAAAAAGCGAGAACGCUUCGCAAAGCAAACCCGAUAGCGGAAUAGACGAACGAGUAGAACCUCUUUUUUGGCAGAACUCUGCCAAACGGUAAUUAAUUGCUAGAGAGUGGGGAGCAAGUGCAACUGCAUUAAAAGUGAAAAUGUGCCUGCAUAAAAUGGAACAGCGAUUGGGAAGCGGUCAGCUGUUCGACGGUGCAGUGAUAAGUGAAUUCUGCGUGAUGCAGAAAGAGCAGGAAGUGGCCAAGGCCAGCCUGCUGGAGAAAGUGCAUCCGGAAGUGAAGGACGUGGCCGAGGAAGAAGUGCUCUAUCGAGAUGUUCUGGUUGGUGCUACGCAAGCCACGCGGCAGCUGUUCGACGUCUGCAUGGAGUUGCGAGAGAAAUUUCGAAGGAGUACCACCUACAAAAUCCUUACCCGUACCACGCAGCCAUCGCAUGCAAUCUCGAUGCUGUUCGUCUCCUUCAUCCUGCUUGUGCUGUGGCCCAAUCUCGUAGGGCAAUCACCAGUCACUAGCGGCACGAGUGGUGCUGGAGUGGAGGCUGUGGCUGACCUCUCGGCCUGUCCCGUAACUCAAUCCCGCGCCAAUGUUCUUGUAGCGUUGGCUUACUUUGGAUCCUUUGCCACGCACUUCGGUGCCCAGAUGUGGAUGACUUUCGUGUCCGGCUUGGCCCUCUACUUCAACCUGCCUCGGCACACUUUCGGUCGCGUUCAGGAGAUCCUGUUCCCCAAGUACUUCUCCAUGGGUACCGGAUUGAGCGUUGUGACCCUGCUGACGUUCAUCAAGCUGCAGCAGACGGCUCAUCCUGAACUCCAGGCUGCCAACCUCAGUAGCUGGGACCCUUUGGUCGUGCUCCAGCUCGUCAGUUUGGCCCUCUGUGCUGCCCUGGAGCUGAUCGUAUGGCUCUACCUGGCCCCUCCCAUGCUUCGCCUGAUGCACCAAAAGUACCACUUUGAGGCUAGUGAAACCGUUGGACAGGAGGUUGGCCACUUCAGUGGAGCCGAGAAUGCCCAACUGAGGCGCUCCAACCACUACCAGAAUGUGCACAAGCGCUUCCGGAAGAUCCACAUGGCGACGGCCAUGGUCAAUAUGGUGUCCCUGCUGUGCACCUUUGUUCACCUACACUACCUUGCAUCGCGAGUUCAACUGCUGUAGAAGACGGCCGCCAUUUUGAAAAUUUGGCGACGACUGUCGAGUGUACUGUGAUAUUAGAAAGAGACGGGACGAGUGCGUUGUGCCAAGCCAAAGUAUUAUUGCGGAAGAUUCCUACUCCUGGAACUAUAUGAUAGCAGUAUUAUGGUGUUCUUUUGUGUUUUAGAACCUAGCGAUCAAAAUCAGAAUCAGAGAGAAUCUAGUCGUUUUCAUCCCCACAGCUGUGGGGGUAGAGAGAGAAAAAAGAACCAAUCAGAGACUGAAGUCGAUUUCGAUUCGAACAGCCAAUAGCAGACUACUUCAGAUCCCAUGCGGUCUCGGCAAGAGUCCGCGCAAAAGCACUGAAUUUUUGGAGAUUAUUGCAGCAAAAAAGCUUAUAGUUCCCUUCGUAGCAUAGAUAGCCUAGUUGUUAAGACCUCUUUAGUUCGGUGAUAUUUAUUAGCAAUGGUCGAAAAUUUUUCCGUGUAGGACCCAGAAACAGGGAGAUCUACGGCCACCGCCGUAGAUCAACUAGAGAAACCAGAUCUGAAGUAGUAUUCGUUAGGAGAUAUACGUAGAUAGCCUUUAAUCAGAUCACACAAAUUGCCAUAAGACAGCAAAUAUUUAUUAUAAUCAACGACAAACGCCUAGUUCGUAAGUAGUUCAAAAAGCAACGCAAACGUCAGCGAAGGAAAAGCACGAAUUUAUAACGAGGUGACUGCCAUGGGCAGCACCUUCUAUCCUGAAUAAACUAGAAAACAAUUAUUUCAAACUUGAAA